CAGAAUCUGCCAAAUUCCGUCGCUUUGAUAGUUUUGACAACUGGUCGCCGUAUGAGGGCGUAAGCUCGGAAAACGCUGUGACUGAGAAUUGACUCUAUCUAAAGGGAGUCGAUGAAGUAAAUAACAUUUCAGUAAGGAAGACGCAGCAUAAGAAGACCAAGGAGGGGAAGACGGCUAUUUUGAAUGUCUUACCGAUAUAAAAAAUCAUCCCUAAACAUUAUUUUGGAAGGGAACGCAUCUUUGAGUCGAAACCAUUUGGACUAUUUGAGGACGUUAAUCGACUGUAAACUAAACCUGUCGCCAUGUCAAACCGUUUUAAAACUAGCAGGAUAAUUGAGUUCUCACGAUAUCUGACGCAGAGAUCUGACGUUUCUUGAAUGAAGUAUUCAUCAAAUACGUGGACAGUGAAGAUGGCGGGUGUCUGCUGACGUUUCUCCAUUGAGGAGGCUAGUGCACCGCUCUCAAAUGAAUGACGAAAAAACAUCUGGAAACUUUAUUCGGCCUUUUUUAUAUUAAUUGAAAGUUUUUCUUAAAGUGAUACCUAUAAAUCUUCAAAAUGAUGAACAUGUGGAAAAUGCGGGAGCUGAUGGACAAGGCGACGAAUGUUGUUAUGAACUACACAGAUAUUGAGGCUAAAGUGAGAGAAGCCACUAAUGACGAUGCAUGGGGCCCAACUGGAGCUAUGAUGCAGGAACUAGCACAAGCCACAUUUACGUAUGAACAGUUUCCAGAGGUAAUGUCGAUGCUCUGGAAACGAAUGUUGCAAGAAAAUAAACGCAAUUGGCGCCGUACUUAUAAGUCACUCCUCUUACUGAAUUACCUAGUUCGUAAUGGUUCGGAACGUGUAGUGACAUCUUCCCGUGAACAUAUCUACGACCUGAGAUCCUUAGAGAAUUACACGUACAUCGAUGAAUUUGGUAAAGACCAGGGCAUAAACAUACGGCACAAAGUGAGGGAGCUCAUAGAUUUCAUUCAAGACGAUGACAAGCUGAGGGAUGAGAGAAAGAAAGCUAAAAAGAAUAAAGACAAAUACAUUGGAAUGUCUAGCGAAGCUAUGGGUAUGAGAUUUGGGGGAGGAGAUAGAUGGACGGACAGUCCAAAAUGGAACAAACCGGCUGCCGAAGGUUACAAUGAUUGGGAUAGAGAAAGUAAAGGAAAAGGUUUUGAAGACGGGAAUAACAGCGACGACGGGGAAAGAGAAGAUUCGGAUAAUGAUACGCAAUCUAGCCCAAGAAGAGGAGGGCGAGAAUAUAGAGAUACCACAGAAAGCAUUGAUAGAAUCGCCAAAACUCCACAGUCUUCUACAUCUUCCACAAAUCAGUCUCCGGUGAAAACAUCGAGAGUUUUUAAAAAGGUUGACUUAGGAGCAGCUGCCAAUUAUGGAAAAGAUCAAAGUAAUAAUACUACGCCAACAAAACCAAACAACCUCAUGACGUCGCCAGUAAAAGAAAAUAGAAGUAAAAAUGAUAUAUUGAACGAUAUUUUCGACUCUCAGAGUGAAGUAAUAAACACAGGUUCCGGAGAUGAUGAUGACUUUAAUCCAAGAGGAAAUGAUCAUACAUUGAUACAGUCUCAGAAUACGAAUACAGAUUUUGGAGACUUUGCUAGCGCAUUUGGUGGCGCUGCAUCAAGAGGUGACAACGGCAGUAGCGUCGACGAAUUUGCUGAUUUCACAUCCGCCUUUGAUGUAGGCGUUAACAUUACCAAUUCUGCAAACCAGCAGCCACAAUCUCAAAUUUCAUUAAUGGGUGCCACGAUACCUAAUAUUGGCAAUCCGAUGAGUGGCAACUUGACCUCUCCAUCAUCUAUUUCCCAGAACAUUGGCGCACCAGCUUUUGGUGGUGCAAUGAUUCAAAACUCGUCAUUAGGCAAUAAUCUUUUCAAUUCUUUGCCACCGCAAGGACUCAAUAAUCAGUCGCAGUCAAUUGUUAACAGCAACAAUAAUCCAGCAUCUUCGAACACUGACCUUCUGGCGGACUUGGGUGGAUUCAGCUCCUUGCCGACAAUACCACCGAUGACGGGCAAUGUCAAUAAUGCAAACCUGUUCGAUAGUUCAAACCCAGCAUCGAUUGAUCCUCUGAGUUUCAACUCAGGUCUCAUGAAUAUGACCGGAGGCACAAAUCUUCUCACACCAAUCUCUACAAGUACACAAGGACAGCCAACAACUGGUGGAAACGUGACACCGGUUGGAUCGACCUGGGCUGGUGCUGGACUCAACAUAGACUUAGACAAUAUAAUGGGCAGCAAGACAAAACAAUCUGGACCUGCACCGUCGAUGAAUCAGCUGGCAAGCAAUAGCCCUCAACAUCAACCAAAGGGUAUCGAGGAAUUUGUUUCAGUAAUGCCAACGAUGGGAAUGAUUUCUCCAACGAUUAAGCCGCAGCAGCAUAUGAACGCAGGAUUUUUUCCAGCAUUUCAAUAAAAGAUAAGUAAUCCCAAGGUAAAAAAAAAAAACUGCAUCCUUUCUCCGAAUAGAUAUUAUAACUAGUUAUUAUUAUUGAAUCGGCAAAAGGCUUGCUGUAGUUGACCCUGCACACUGAUAGUUGUAUUUUUACCUGAAACAUAAUUGUGCGACAUUCAAAACUCUGAAGUUUGAAAAAAAAAGAAAAAACAUUCUUUCAUUCUUUUAUUCUCAUGAUAGUCGAUAAGUCCGAACUCAGUAUUUGCUAUGAGGACGUAUAAGGAAAGAAGUAUUGAUCGUACUUAGAAUCAAAAAACAAAUAAAAUUUCAAAUCAUAAAGUCGGGCAUAAGAUUCUUCAGUGUCUUUGGAGACUAAACAGGGAUAGAGUGUUUUUAAAACAUACUACAAUAUAGUAAUUACAAGCCACUCGAAAAUGAAAUUCAUGUAUAUAAAUUUAUCCCUGCUUAAGGAAAAAAUUAAAAAGUACUAACGAGGAAUGCCAAAGGCCUUGGGUACGCUAUAGCAGGUCCAUAUUAGAUAGGCACAACAAGUUUGUAUGAAUUUAACAAUAUGAAUUUAUAAUGUGAGAGUGAAAAAUAAAUGUUCUUAUCUACAGGAAUCAUAAUAAUAGCCGAGUAAGUGAUUAAAAACUAACGAACUUGUUCGUUGAUGGUCUUCAUACACAGUGGCAGCUCUUAAAGAUACUCUUCAAUUGUGAUGCAUACAUAUAUGCCUUGAAUAUAUUCGUAUAUAUUAAUGUAAUACUUUAACUGUGUUCCCAUGUAACAUGUGUGCAGCAUUUAAAGUGUCAGCAGACAUUUUUGACAGGAAUUGGGUUCAAUCAGCAAUAACAUUCGAUACGUUAACUUAUUGUGUAAGAAGAUAAAAUUAAAAAAAACAACGGGUACUAAGGUUGGCUCGAUUCGACAUAUUGAACAGUUAUUACUGUUAUAUAAAUUUCUGCUUAUUAUUUCCAUCCGUUGUGUAUCAAACGAUGCUAAACAGGGCUCAUAUAGUGUGAACUUCAAUUAAUCGGACAUGCGUUCUAAUGAACUUUACCAGAAUGCAAUAAAUACUGUUUACUUGGCCUUGCAUAUGGCUUCCGUAGCACAAAUAUAGUUUUUCACUAACAAAAUGUAUCGAUGCAUGAUAGCAGAAUGUAAAAACAAUAAUACUUAUAUAUUAUACAUACAUGCUAUGAAUGAUAAUGUUUUGUAGUGUCAACAAAUGUGUAGACUAUAGACUUUGGCAAUUCCCUUGAAGUUGGCACAAAAGAUAGCGCAAUAGCUUGUUUAAUGAAUAUAAUUACCUCAGAGGUAUUUGUUUAAAUAUCAUUUGAGGAGGAAAAACUGUUGAAAAAAAAAUAAAUACAUGAAUAAAUAAUAGCCAAACACGUUGCCGUAUAAACUGUGAGAUGUCAGAAUGUUGAAAAUAUUGUCCCGUUAUGUAUUUAAGGAAAAAAAAAUUUUAAUUCCUAGGUACAUUCAUUGAAUAUUUAAUUUUCAUGAAAAUAGACACUAUAAGCUCUAAAAUUUUGUACCAUAUAAGAAACAAAAUUGUUCACGUUCAUAUUGUGGUAUUUAGAUUUUACUUCUAAAAAACGUUUGAAAAUUCGAAAAAAAAAGGAAUAAUUCUUCUCAAGAAUUGUACGAAAUGCAUAUCUUUCGGAUCGAACCUUCAAUGGAUCAACGAAUAUUGAAAAAAAAAAAAAAAAUAAUAAGAACAACAACAAUAAUAAAAGAAAUAAUUAAUAAUAAAAGAGAACGUUAAGGAAAGUAGCUUUAUUUUUAUUGAGGAAACAGAAAUAUUAAGAAUAGUUUAUUGGUUUUGCAUCAGGCAAUCGCCGACCUCAGAUCAUAACAAAAUCGAAUUAAUUCGUGUUUUAUCCAGGAUUCUGACCAAGUAAUGGUAGUUAUUGACCUGUUGCAAAAUCGAAGUCGGCAAUAUAUUCCAUUGUAGAAUAAUUUAACAGAUUUCUUCGACUUUAUAUAGUUAACAAAUGUAUAUUUUUUAUUAUUUCAUCACAUCAAGCACUGAAGGACCACACUGUUACGGAGCUAAUUUAGUUUAUAACUUUAUUGAAUUAGCGCAUCUAUUUCGAUAUACCACAUACUCUUACGAAUUCACAAUAUAUAUACAUACCACUAAAGAUGCUCUACAUUUUUUUAAAUUUUGUUUAUUUCACCGGGUUCUUUUUUAUCUUUAUUAAGUUCAUUCAGCACUAUUUUAUUGCAUGUAUAACACUUAAGUUGCCUGCUCUUUUUGUUUGAGACUGAUUUGCUCAUAUUUUUAUUUCCGAUACAAAUUCAUAUCGAGAGCUGCAUUUAAUGGAGAGUGAAAUAUCGAGUGACUAACAUUUUAAAUAUAUUUAUUACCUGUGUCUUGUACAGACACAUCUGGUACACCGCUUUUCUCAUUGGCAUACACAAAUCCUAUCUGGCAAUUGUGCCGAUUUUUUCUUCUAUUUCCUUUUUUCACGAUAAAUUCUUUUAAAAUCUUAGUAGCAUUUUCUGUUUGGAAUUCGUACGCAUGAUAUGAUCAACACCGUAUAAUAUAUUAUUCUAAAUUACUUUAUAAAGACGUUUAAUCAGGGAUAAAAUCUAUGUAUAUAUGUACGUACUUAUAAUUAUAUAAUAUACCUAUGUACAUCAUGAGAGAUUAGAUAAAAAAUUGAAGAAGGUAAUGCUGGAAAAAAAUAUUCAUUGUUAUAAAAAUGCCAAUAUUUUAAACGGUAUAUAAAGUAUUCUGCAUUCAAAAGGUAUAAAGUAGAGAACAAAUCUGUAUCUUUGAUACAUGGAGGUAGCACAUCUAUGUAUGUCCACAUGAAUUUAUACAACUUGUCAAAUUAAAAGAAAAAAACUUAAAAAAAAAACCAGGCCUUAGAAUUAUCAUUAUAAAAAUUCAAUUUUACACUAAAUAUAGCGUUGAAAAAGUUUUCAGCAAUGCCUUCGCAUUGGCAAAUAUUAGAAACUUUAUUUUCUGUAAUUAUGAUUUAAGUACUUUUUGCUUUUUUAAUUUUUAUUCUCUCCUUGUUUCAAUUUGUACAGAUUAGAGCGGCGGAGCUAUCAGAUGUUAAUUUAAUCAAUUAAAUAAAAUCUUAAGUACAGAUGAGGUAAUUCUAGACUCUUGUAUAGGCUGGGUUCUGAUUGUAUCAUAAUUAUAAAUUGUAACUAAUGAUUCAAAUAUUUAUACCUGUUAUACUCUAAUUUUAUCAUAUUAAAUGCUCAUUGGUGCUGGUAUUAAUAUAUUGGAUGUUUUUAAA